AUCAGGGAAAUAUUAUUUUCCAUUGGUGACACUUAGGGUUACUCAUCACAGAAGAAGGAGAGCAGAACACAGCCAUGGUGAGGAACAUAGAUGAUUUUGAUUUUUGUCUUCCAUCGCAUCCUCAGUCCAUUUUGGAAGGGCUUAAGACUUUACGCUCCAACCCCAAAUUCUCAGAUGUCACCUUGAUUGUUGGGGGACAUGAAUUCCUCUGCCAUCGCAGUAUUCUGGCCCUCUGUAGUCACUACUUCAAUGCCAUGUUUGCUGGUGACUUCCUGGAAAGCUUUUCAGCCCGGGUAGAAAUCAAAGAUGUGGAUCCUGCUGUUAUGGAGUCCUUAAUUGACUUUGCUUAUACGGGGAAGGUGACCAUCAAUCAGGGAAAUGUAGAGGCUCUGAUUCGGACAUCCAAUCAGCUCCACUUCCCCACCAUCCGGAAAGUUUGCAGCCGGUACUUACGACAACAGAUGGAUGCAACCAACUGUUUAGGAAUUUGUGAGUUUGGGGAGAUGUAUGGCUGUCCAGAAGUAUCAUCCAAGGCUUGGUCAUUUCUGCAGGAGAAUUUUGAGCUUGUGUCUCAACAGGAGGAGUUUCUUCAGCUAUCCAAAGAGAGGUUGGUGACCUACCUGUCCAACAAUCUACUACAAAUGCAAGAAGAGCAGAGCCUGGUUGAGGCUGUGCUCAGAUGGGUGAAAUAUGAAAAAUCUGCUAGAGCCACCCACCUUCCCGAACUCCUUGAUCUAGUGCAUCUGGUUUCACUGCCAGAUCAGUAUCUGCAGGACCUCUUAUCACUGGAACCACUGAUUCAGGAAUCAGAAGCUUGCAAGUCCAUCAUCACCAGACACCGCAGCACGGUAGAGAACAGACCUUUUGUCCAGCAGAGACUAAAAGCCCUUCCACAAAAGCUUGAGGAGGUGCUGGUGGUGGUGGCAGGUAGAGCUUUGGAAGAGGAUGAUGAAGAAGAAGGACAAUCACCACCACCAAUUUCCAGGAACUUUGCCUUUUAUAAUACCAAAAAAAAAAAUUGGAUUGCUCUGCCGGAUUUUCCUGAUUAUAAUAAAUGGGGCUUUUCAAUGAUUGCUCUGAACAAUGAUGUUUAUGUUACAGGUGGCUCCAGAGGCUCACAAAAUGACACAUGGUCCACAACCCAUUCCUGGUGCUUCUCCCUGAAGAAGGGUGCCUGGAAAUCUAUUGCUCCAAUGCUGAAGCCCCGAACAAACCAUGCCAGUGCUGUGCUCAAUGGAGAGAUCUAUGCCAUCGGUGGCACCACAGUGGACAUUGUGGAGGUGGAGUGCUAUGAUCCUUAUAAUGACAGCUGGUGUUUUGUCAGUCCUGCCCUGAAGUACGUCAGCAACUUUGCCGUAUCUGGAUGCCUUGGCAAGCUAUACCUGAUUGGCUCUUGUGCUGUCAAAUACAAUGCCUUGACACUGCAGUGUUACAACCCCUCUAUUGAUGUCUGGAGUGUAAUUGCAUCGCCCUUCAUGCCAAAGUACCUGUCUGGUCCCCGCUGUGCCUCCUUGCAUGGAGCAAUCUACCUUAUUGGUGACAACACAAAGAAAGUCUAUGUGUAUGAUCCAGAUGCCAACAUAUGGCAGAAGGUGCAGCAACUUCAUACGCUGCAUGAGAACGGAGGAAUGGUACCCCUUGGAGGCAAACUUUUUGUCACGGGAGGCUAUUGGAAAGGUAUGGACGGUGACUAUCAGGUGGAGAUGGAAUCAUAUGACUGUGCCAAAGAUAUCUGGACAAAGGAAGGGGGCCUCCCAUGCUUAUGGCUCUACCAUAGCUCUUCUUCUAUUUUUAUGGAUACUUCAAAAUGGAGAGAACCUUUUCUGGGAAACCAGUUGUAACAGAAGAGAGUGGAAUCGGGCUCUACCUGUGUUUAGGCACACAUCUGGAAAAAGAAGAGACCUAUUAUUGUGCACUGCAGCCUUUAUUGGGUUGAAUCAGCUUGAACGGAUAACUAUAGUCAUAACAUUAAUGGUAAACACAUGGGAUAAUGGGUUUAUAAAACUGUCAAGCACUCAGCACUGUGUUAACUCUAUACUUCUAAAUAUAAAACACCAUUACACUGAAGGCCAAUGAAGUUGAGGAUUAGUUCAUGCUGUUUACAGAUCUCUGUUGAUGUCUCUUACUAAACUCACUGCUAGAAACACCCGCAAUUUUUAAAAACUUUACUGUUCCUUUUAAAAAGUUGCCAUAACUGAAGUUUGUGAGAUAUCCAGCCAUUUUGCUGAUAUAUAACUUACUUGAGCAAAGGCAACCAGUCUUACAGAACUCCGAGUUGGAAUCUAUUGGUAUCAUCUAUUGCCUAAUUGUAUUGGAUUGUGACCAGUGUUGGAAAGGGGCCAAAAGGAAAGUAGGCCAUCUCCAAAUCAGGACUAGAAGGGUUUUUUUUAAUGCUAAUUUGAGAUAACAGUGGCUAAUGUUGUAGGGUGAUUAAAUAAAUUCAUCGUAUGAGUGCUUUUCAGUGUUGUAGAAGGGUUCUGCCCUUCUUGAGCCUCAUGCCGCCCAUCAUAAAACAUAGGCUCAUUUCCAAUGGGGCUCCAUGCUCAACUGGGGCAGAAGAGUCCUACAAUGCUGCACUGGGAAAACAGGAGGCUUCUCGUGUUUUAUUUGAAACCACGAGGGUUGAGUGGGGGGAAGCCACACGGUGACACUUCCCCGCGUGUGAUGGGGAAGUGUCAUUUUGAUGAGGUCCUUAGUGACAAAUUUCUGGAUAACAGAGAUGUUAUUUUAGGAGUCAGAAUUCCUGGUCCUAUAGAUUCCUGACAGCCUCAUACAGCACAACUAAUGGUUAGAGUAAUGCGAGCAGCAGUCCAUCUAUAUGCCACAGACCACCCAUCCCUAUUGUAUGUUACUAUAGUUGGAUGCAUGUACAGUCACCCCUCUAUGCUUGUGGGUUUCACAUUUGUGGAUUUGAUUAAAAUAGUAUCUUUAGGAAUCCCUAGGUCCUCCAGCACAGUCCUAUGGUCAACUUCUAGCUCUGAAGGACCUAAGGAUUCUUAGCUAAUUUUAUAUUUGCAGUUUUUCAAGGUAAUUGUGGUCAUACUUUUAAAUUACUCAUUCCAUAAUAAUAUGGGAAAUCUUGGUAAGAUCUUUUAAAAUAAAUCAUAGUUUGAGCUGGAAAGGUGCACAUUUUCAGCUAAGCCCCUUUCUGGCUUUAUUUAGGUUAUAUCAAGUUCAUGUAAGAUGUCUAAAGCAGUGAUGAGAUGCCUUAGGACUUCCAGAUCUUUCGGCACAUAGCUCUCUGUCUUUUAGCAUUGGGUCUGGAGGCCCUGGUGGUGCAGUGGGUGAAACCUUUGUGCAGGACUGAAGAUCGACAGGUUGCAGGUUCGAAUCCGGGGAGAGCCUUUAUGAGCUCCCUCUGUCAGCUCCGGUCCCCAUGCAGGGACAUAAGAGAAACCUCCCACAAGGAUGGUAAAAUAUCAAAAACAAACAAACAAACAUCCUGGCGUCCCCUGGGCAACAUCCUUGCAGACGGCCAAUUCUCUCACAUCAGAAGCAACUUGCAGUUUCUCAAGUCACUCCUGACAAAACAAAAGCAUUGGAUUUGGUAGGAGCUACAGCCCAAAACAUCUCAAGGUCCUCCAUCUUUGCUCUAGAGAGCAUCGGAAUCUAACCAAAUUGCCAGAGCAAACCUCAGUAGGCGCUAAAAUGUUCCCUAGAGAUGUUUGAUUUUUCGAGAUUAUGGGGACAUAGGAUGGGGCAAAGCUGGACAGAGAACCAUUGUAUACUGCUUUGAAUCCCACCCAUAGGAAAAAAGUGGGAUAAAAAUGAGUAAAUGAUAAUAAUAAUAAUAAUAAUAAUAACAAUAAUAACUGAUAAAAGCAGACUAAUGAAAAUUAAGAGAAACCUAACAAGCCUUGUAGAUGAGUAGCUUCUUCACAAUCAGCAAGUACAUAUUAUCCUUUGGCUAACCCACCAACCCAUUUAUAUAGUCAGAAUUUUUUCAAAGGGAUUGCUCUCAUGCCAAAAUAGGAAAAAUACUUUUCUCCCAAAGAUUAGUCUCCAGGCUAGCUCCUUAUAUCCAGUAAAACCCAACUGCAACCUAUCUCUUGCAUGCCUCCACCCUUAAUUGCUUUCACCUGGAAACUCUUUUUUACAGAUUACUCAGCCCUUUAGAAUUAAGAUUUACAUUAACUCCUUCCAUCACCAACUGCUAGGCCACCACCAACCACCAUCAACUGUGGAACAUGAUACAUGACACUGUACAUAUAAUUAGGGGUGUGUGUGUUUUUGUCUCUCAUCAGUUCAUGACAACACCAUGAAUUUCAGAGUUUUCUUAGGCAAAGAAUAGUCAGAAGUAUUUAAUGCCCUGCAAAACCUCAGUAGGUACCAAAACUACUGAUGUACACAUCUCUUGAUCAUUCAAGGGUGGGAAAAAAAAGUUUCCACUAGAGCACAGAUUUGUCAGAAAUGGCUUCUUUUAUACAAUCCCAGGAAUUUGGCAGAAACAGGUGUCACAAAUGUCAACACAUUUGUCCAAUUUGGAGUUGUCUAUUGACUACAUUUAGGUAUCAUUUUACUAACACUCAUGAAGGCAAUGGACUCGCCUGGUUGCCUAGUGAUCAGUAUUAAUGAAGGAUAGAAAAAUGAAAGUUUAAUAUGUUGUUUCUGCUGGAGUAGUAGUGUUAUUCAAAGUUCUGCUAAUGGCAUGCAUUUGAAAUAUUCCCUCCCCAAGGAGAGCAAAACAGCUCCUUCCUUGACAUCUUUUAAAAAACAGCUAAAGCCCUUCCCGUUAAACAAGCUUUUAAUGAAGAUAUUUAAUUUGGAAUUACAGGAAGGCUAACUUUAGGUGAGUUAAGCAAAGUUAAGCAUCUGAAUAGACAAGUUCCCACAACAAUGGUAUCUGGUAUCUGUUGAAUGAUUUUGUUUAUUUAUUCAUGUUUUAUUGUAAAAUCAGCUUUAUUGUUUGUUGUUUAUGUAUGUAUUGUUUUAAAAUGUUGUGAACUGCUUUGGGCCCUACUUCAGGAGAAAAGCUGGAUAUAAAUAAAGAAUUAUUAUUAUUAUUAUUAUUAUUAUUAUUAUUAUUAUUAUUUGAAACACAACAAGAUGAGUCCACAGCAAACAAGAUCACUCUGCUGGCUGUUGCAUUGGAUCACACAUCGGACACUUCCCAGGACUAUGUGAUGUAUCGGUGAAUAAUGCAUGCAGAUCCCAGUAGGGUGGCCUUUUGCAGCUGACAGACAGUAAUUUUGUCAGCACCAAUUGUGUUUCAGUGCAGGCCAUGGUCUUUAGGCACUGCACCCAGUAUGCCGAUCACCACUGUGACCACCUUGAUUGGCUUGUGCCAGAGUCUUUACAGUUCGAUCUUUAAAUCCUCAUGUCAGCUUUUCCAGUUGUUUCUCUUCAAUCCUGCUGUCGCCUGGGAUUGCAACAUCGAUGAUCCAUACUUUGUUUUUUAACAUGAUUAUGAGGUCAGGAGUAUUGUGCUCCAAAACUCUGGCAGUCUGAAUUCAGAAGUCCCAGAGGAGUUUGACAUGUUCAUUUUCUGUAACCUUUUCAGGCUUGGGAUCCCACCAGUUCUUUGUCGCAGGCAGAUGGUUGUUGUUGUUAUUAUUGUUAUUAUUAUUAUCAUCAUCAUCAUCAAGCUGAUAAACAUUCAUUAGGUUAUAAAUGACAACAAUGUAGAGGAAUUGCAGAAAUAACUCAGAGGAGAUUAUAAUUCAAAAUAAGCAUAGUAAACUUGAUAAUGGGGGCUUCUGAACAGCAGAAUGAAUUUCAACAAACACAAAUAUUUAUUCUGGGUUAGGAGGGAAAUUAUAUUUUUGUUUGUAAAGCCUAUCUUUACUAAAAUGUAUUUGCAUAGAUCUUUUUAAGAUUUUGUACUGAAUUUUACACUGUCACAAACUGCUGUGUCUAAUAAAAUCUUUUCAAAAUAAACUAAAAAUAAUAAUCCUAGAUAAAUCUGCCUGCA